AGCGCUGGGCCCCAGUGCGGCGUGCGCGUACGGGGCUCCAAGAGGCUGCUGUGCGUUCAGGGUUUGCUGGGUCCCCCAGCGAGCCGAGUCAGUUAUAAAUCAAGAGGAAUUGAGAGUCUGGUGGCAUGGCUUUAAUUACCUUGCGGAGGAACCUUUGUCAUUUAUCUGAUUUUCGGAUACAUGGAACUCUGGCUGGUCUGAAAACUCAACGUGUAAAUUGUGUUCACAAGACAGUCAAGGAGCAUCUGUGUCCAUGGUUCUGGUCACUGCAACUUGAGCCUGUUAGGGUCAGGUUCCAUCAUGCCCAUUCUAAAAAGUUCCAUUCAGAAAACGGAAAUGACCUUCAUCCAGUUGGCGAGCCAGUGUUCUCUCAAGCACACGCUUGGGACAGGUCUGAACACAGUGUUAAAAAUGUGGAUGAACAGAUAUUUUACAGGAGACUGAACAGCUUCACUUCAUCGGAACAGGUCUUACAUUAUAUAAGCACACUGCAGACUUUGCCUGAUACUAUGGCAGCAGGAGCCUUACGUCGGAUUUGUGAAAUGGAAAAAAAAGAUGAUGAUCAAAGGUUGCCAAAAGAAAUACUGGAGAAUAGCGCCUUUCAAGCUUUGUGUAAUCAGUUUGCACAGGACCCCUCAAAUCUGUCAAACACGGGUUUGGUGACUGCUUUGCAAGCCCUGACCCUAUAUGUGGGUCCCCAAAGUCGCCUGCUGCUAAGCCUCCUGGCAGAGUGCCAGCAUCGUCUCGAAAUGGGUAGCCUGGACAUUCACAGUCUUUGUAUCCUGGGGGAAUGUCUGAUUAAACUGCAAGGUCCAGGUUGUUCGACACGAGACCUGAUUAUAUAUCAACUGCAAGGUGAAAAUUUGGAAGAAUUUACCCCCGAGGAUAUUGUGACCCUUUACAGAAUACUGCAGGCAUGUCCUGAGAAAGUUGACCAACACCAGACGUUUUUACAUAAGAUAAAUAACUUUUCUCUGUCAGUAGUUCCCAACCUGAGUCCUAAGUUGCUGAGCCAAAUGCUCACCGCCCUGGUGGUCCUUGAUCAAACUCAGGCACUUACGCUGGUUAUAAAAUUGGGUAAAUAUGUUGUGAGGCAUAUCCCCCAUUUCACUAAUGAAGAGCUCAAAGAAGUCUUAGAGGCAUUCAUCUACUUUGGGUACAAUGACAGAUUUUUUACAGAAGCCCUAGAGCAACAUGUCGCUUCCCUCUGUCUCACUCUGGAUCCCGAGGUUGUCAGCAAAGUCAUGGAGUAUUGCAGUAGAAAGCUGAUUUUUUCAAAACCCAUCCUCAAUGCAGUGGCAGAAACUUUUGUUUGUCAGUCAGAAAAAUUUUCACCUAAUCAAACUGCUGAGUUAAUUGAACCAUUUGGAAAACUCAAUUAUUUGCCACCAAAUGCCUCUGCUUUAUUUAGGAAGCUAGAAAACAUACUGUUAACUCGUUUCAAUUAUUUUCCACCCAAAACACUAUUGAAACUUCUCCAUUCAUGUUCACUUAUUGAAUGCCAUCCAGUCAACUUUAUGGCCAAAAUAUUCAGCCCGUAUUUUCUUCAGCAGCUGCAAGGUGAAGAGUCCUAUUUGGACAGACUGAGCCUAGCACAACUGACCCAACUUUUCUUAACCGCGAUUCUAGAAUGCCCGUUCUAUAAGGGUCCAAAACUUCUUCCUAAAUAUCAAGUGAAAUCAUUUCUUACUCCAUGCUCUUCCCUGGAGACCCCCAUGGAUUUUCAGCUAUAUAAAUCUGUGAUGAUUGGACUGAUUGACCUUUUAGGAGCAAGAUUGUAUUUUGCUUCAAAAGUGUUAACACCCUAUUGUUACACGAUAGAUGUUGAAAUUAAAUUGGAUGAAGAUGGAUUUGUAUUACCAUUUACAGUCGAUGAAGAUAUACAUAAAAGGGUAGCACUGUGCAUUGAUGGUCCAAAAAGAUUUUGUUUGAAUAGCAAACACUUACUGGGAAAGGAAGCUACUAAACAAAGACAUCUGUACUUACUUGGUUAUCAAGUUGUCCAGAUUAAUUUUCCUGAAGUGAAUCGUGCCAGUGUGUGCCUAGAGACCUUCAUUGUUUCUUUACUGCUUAUGGGAUAAAGACUACAUCUACAUCUCAACAUUCUAGACCCUUCGAGGUCUGCCCGCAGCCAGGCCCUCUGCUCCCAGCUCAGUGGUCUCUUCUGCCUGGCCUUUCUCCCUUGCCGAUGCGAGUCAGGUGGUCCUCACCUCUCUGAGUGUCUAAAUUCUGGCUGUUCAUCAACUCCCAGCUCAGGUUGACCUUUCACCCCAACCUGAAGUGUCGACCCCCUCUCAGCACUAGAGCACCAAUUUGUUUUGCAUGUUCUGCUUAGUAUUACUGCCUACUUUUUGUAUAUUUUAAGUUAGCACCUAACUUGUAAGUUCCUUGAGGGAAGGGAUUAUGUCUGAUUCUUAUUUAGACAUUCUACCUGUUGUUGAGCCUCUGCUACCUGGCAGCACCGUCACAGGCACCGCUGGGAUCUCUGCCUGCUGGGAGCCUACAUGCUGCUGUGGGGAGGGUGUGGUAGGCGGAAAAGGUAACCAAACCCAAGGUAAUUUCAGAUUAUGAAGGAUGAGGAUGUAUUUAUUUUCCUCUCUUUACAGAUUCCCUAUUACGAGAUUGAGAUGUUAAAAUCAAGACUUGAAUUAGUGGAAUAUUUACAAAGAAAACUAUUUUCUCAAAACUCUGGUGGUCACUGGUAACAAGAAUGAAUACUGACUUCAGAACUCAAAUAGUGAAAGAACUUGCAAAUUAGCCGUUUAUUUAUGUACUUUGGUGAUCUGAAAGGGGUCUCUAGUUUCCUUAUACUAUGUAUAUGCUUAUCAGUAGCAAAUUUAAAAUUAAUUUUAACCUUCAUUUAAUACUGGUAUCAGAUACUUUUAUACAUCAAACAGAAUUGAUCAAGUACAAUAAAGGAAUGUAAUGAGUAAGUGUCAUAAUUUUAA